AUGUCAGAGAAAGAUAUAAUGGAAAUGUGCAAUCGAAUCAGUUCAAUGUUUUCAUACUCGUUGCUUGAAUGGGUAUUUUAUUUGGAUCAAAUUGAGAAAGACACUCUCAUGAAGUAUCUGGAUGAAGUAUUGAGAACAAGAGUAUGUGAGAACAUGAUAACUUUCAUGCAAGGAUGUUUUAGUAAGGAGUUAUUAACGGAGAUUCUGGAUAAGAUACCUGUGACAAUAGGGAUAGAUAUAAAAUCGGGUAUUCCGGUGGAUUUCAGACAUCCGAAGGCUCUGAAAUUCUCUACAAUGGAGUACAGAGAAGCAAGAUGGAUUACUGUAGACGACUUGAAGUCUGUUAGAAUUCCUGGCUCCGUUAUGCUGGGGACUACAAACUUUGAUUGUUCUGAUAUCAAUGAAUUCUUGAAAUAUUGGGUCGACUGUGAUGAAUUUAUGAUGGAAUCAAUGUCACUGAAUAUGAAGGAAAGUACAGUAAUCAAUAGAGAUGUUAUAUUAGAUCAACUGAUGGCUGUCCAGUUUUACAGUGAUGUAGGCUAUCAUGUUUAUGUAAAAGCUAAAAACCACAAAAACCUAGAAUCUCCUCUCGGUGUCUUGGAUAUAAAUGCAAAAAAUAAAAUCGAGUUUUGGGCAUUCAAGUCGGAUGAGUAUUCAGAAAUAUACGGAAUGUUAGAAUCACUUGAGAAGAAAAAAGAUUUGGAGAUGGAAUUGAAGAACCUGGAGGAUAGUAGGGACAAACGGAAGGAAGAGAUCUCUACAGAGCUGGAACAAUUGACAAAACAGUUAAAUGAAAAGGAAGAGAAAGGAUUUAUUUUCACUUUCUAG